GGCGGGCGGAAGCUUCCAGAAGCGGCGGCGGCGGCGGCGGCGGGGCCGCACCAUGACGGCGGCGGGGCCGGGGCCGGGCCCGGGGCUCGGGGCUGGGCCCGGGGCGGUGUCGCUGGCGGUGAGCAGCAGCCUGAACGCCUUCCGCGCCCACAAGCGCUACGGCACCGGGCUCACCAUCGCCGAGUUCAAGUGCAAGCUGGAGCUGGUGGUGGGCAGCCCGGCGUCGUGCAUGGAGCUGGAGCUGUACGGCCCCGCCGAGGAGCUGCUGGGGCGCCUGGACUGCGACGAGGCCCUGCUGGGCUCCUACCCCGUGGCCGACGGCUGCCGAGUGCACGUGAUCGACCGCAGCGGGGCGCGCAUCGGGGAGUACGAGGACGUGUCGCAGGUGCAGAAGUACGAGAUGCCCGAGAGCGACUACGACAAGCGGCCAGAGUCCCUGCGCGCCUUCCUGAAGCAGCGGCAGUGGGGCCGCUACGACGAGGCGGCGGCGCGGCGCCAGGCGGCCGAGCAGGAGCAGCGGCGGGCGCAGGAGGCGGCGCUGGCGGCCGCGCUCCCGGUGGGCGCCCGCUGCCAGGUGCGGGUGCCGGGGCAGCCCUGCCGGCGGGGCACCAUCAUGUACGUGGGUACGU